AUGCUCGACGCCGCCUCGCCCAGCUACCUACCUCUCGCCGUCGCCGUCCUCGGCGGCGCGCUGUCAUUGCUUCUCAUAUCCUGGGCUACCCGUCGACGAGAUGAUGUUUCGAGGCUACCCAGCCCGUCUAGUUCAGAGGCGAGUUGGCUGUGGGGCCAUGAACGUCGAGUAUGGGACGGGGAAGCAUGCCAGACCCACAAGAGGUGGAUCCACGAAAUCGGGCAUGUAUUCCGAAUCAAGGCAGCCUUCGGAGGACGCGACAUACUCGUUGCUGCUGACCACCAUGCUGUCCAGCACGUCCUUCAGAACACGGAUCGCUAUGUCAUGGCGCACGCAUUCCGCACGGUCAUGGGCAACCUCAUCGGAAAGGGUCUAGCCUGGGUGGUCGGCGAUGAUCACCUCAAACUGCGCCGCUUCCUCGCUCCCGCAUUCGGUCCAGACAGCGUCAAACGCAUGUCCGACGACGUCGUGACCUGCGCAGAGAAGCUUGAGUUGAGGCUUCACGGCGACGUAUCCCAUGACGCAUCGCAAACAUGUGAGGUCAACAUCCUGCCGUAUAUCUCCGCUUGCACGUUGGAUGUCAUUGGCCGGGUCGCUUUCGGCCAUGACUUCCAGCCACAAUCGGCGGCGCCUUCGGGAGAUGCGAGUCGCAUCAUGUCCAGCUGGCACAAGAUAGUUGCGAUCUCCGCAACCAACGCGUCGUUUUUGGCACCGUUAGUCCUGAGGAUGUUCCCUUGGAUCACGCAAUUGCCUCUGCCGGCGCUGAAGGCCCAAGGAGAGGCGAACGUCAUCGUGCGACAGAUUGCCAAAAAGCUCAUUGCCAACGCGAAUACGGAUGAUGACCGCAGGGAUAUCCUUAGUAGAUUGCUGAAGAUGAACAAGAGUCAAGCACAAUUCACAGAGGAAGAAAUCAUCGAAAACAUAAUCACCUUCACGAUGGUUGGCCAUGAGACCUCGUCGGGCACCAUAUCCUUCACGCUACUUGCUCUUGCCCGAAACAAGGAAGUCCAGGACAAGCUUCGCCACGAGAUCCAACAAUAUGGCCAAGACCUCUCGUAUGAUGCCGUACAGAAGUUGGAAUACCUCGAAGCCGCUGUACGAGAAGGGAUACGGCUGUUCGCUGCUUCGCCCCAAACGGACAGGGUCGCAUUGAAAGACGACGUUCUGCCCCUCAAGUCUCCUGUACAGCUUGAUGAUGGCUCAGUCGUCCGGAGCGUCUACAUCAAACGGGGACAGAUCAUACAGAUACCUUUCGGAGCUAUAAACGCGGAUGAAUCGACGUGGGGCAGCGAUGCCGCGGCGUUCAAUCCGGACCGGUGGAUCGUGGCAGGUGGCGUACCGUCUCCGGCGGAUCUACCACAUGGUUGGAGCGGUUUGUUGUCCUUCAGCGACGGUCCAAGGACUUGUAUCGGCUACAGACUCGCUAUUCUGGAAUGCAAAAUCAUUCUAGCCCGCCUCAUUCGCGCCUUCGUGUUCGAAGACGCACAAUGCACCGUCAGGACGAAGAUCGCUCCCACAUUGCAACCCAUAGCGAACGGCGUAGCCGGGAACAUGCCAUUACGAGUACGGCCGGUCAAUGGGUUCGGUUCGUGA